UUGGCUGCUAGCUUGCUGUCAGUAAACUUCUGCGGUCUUUUUUGUUAAAAUAAUCAAAGUUUGGCAGACCAACGACACAUCCAAAUUAAAAUGAUAGCUAACAAGCUAUAAAUGAUUGAUAUUGAUUCCUUUCAACGCAUUUCGUUUCCAUUACUCCUCCUCAACUCGGUAUGGACCCUUCAUCCGCAGACUAUGAUAUGAAAAGGUCAUCUGAUACCAUUUAUCACGUAGAAGUGUGUCAAGACCCACACAGUACAGCAAGAAACAAAGACAUAUCAACACAUGUUAAGAAUUACUUGCAAGGAAAACAGCUGUCAAACAGGGACCUGGUGAUUACAGAAUAUGAUGACCCUUUCCUCAAGCAGCAUGUGUCCAAGAUUGAAAUAUCAGAUAUAAAGUUAUCUCAGCACGAGACAAUCAGCGUGAGUGAGAGUGUGUUCCAUUACCAUGUAUACCAGCUGCAGGAGGAUGGGCCGGGUACAGAGGAACUGGAUGAAGAAGAUCUCGCGGCCGCCAACCACUGGAUCCUACCCUCACGGGACUUCCAUGGCCUCUGGGACAGCCUUGUCUUCGAUGAGGAUAUUAAAACUAGGUUACUUAGUUACGCAGCAACAACUCUGUUGUUUACGGAUAGAAAAGUUGAUAGCAACAUCAUCUCUUGGAAUAAAGUGAUAUUAUUGCAUGGUCCUCCGGGAACAGGAAAGACGUCCCUGUGUAAGGCCCUGGCCCAGAAGCUCUGUAUCCGCCUCUCGGACAGGUUCACCUAUGGGCAGCUUGUGGAGAUCAACAGUCAUAGUCUCUUCUCCAAGUGGUUCUCUGAGAGUGGGAAACUGGUGAUGAAGAUGUUCCAGAAAAUACAGGAACUCAUUGAUGAGCCUGACGCCCUGGUCUGUGUCCUUAUUGAUGAGGUUGAAAGUUUGACAGCUGCCCGUAAAGGUGCCAUGUCAGGCAAUGAGCCGUCAGAUGCUAUCAGGGUGGUCAAUGCUGUUCUCACUCAGAUUGACCAGAUCAAAAAGUACCCCAAUGUGAUAAUCCUGACCACUUCCAAUGUGACAGGGGCUAUAGACCUGGCGUUUGUAGACAGAGCUGACAUCAAGCAGUAUAUUGGUCCACCAUCACCCUCGGCUAUAUACUCCAUCUAUAGAUCCUGUAUUCUAGAACUUACUAAGUGCCGCAUAUUGACAUCGGGGCAGAGCGUGCUGGACAUGAGGUCCCUGGAGUUCAUGCGAUUUGUGGAGAAUAAUGUCAGCAAGGAUAGCCUACAGCUCAGGGAGAUUGCUGUUAAAAGUUAUGGUUUGAGUGGCCGUACACUCCGGAAGUUGCCUUUCAUUGCUCACUCUAUGUUCAUACAGAAAUCAGAAGCCACACUACAGGAAUUCUUAGUGGCCCUGGAUAAGGCAGUGCAACAGCAGUUUAAGGAGAGAAAUGACCUCACUAGGGACUCCUAGUGACCUCACUACCAACUCCUAGUGACCUCACUAUCAACUACUAGUGACCACACUAUCGACUACUUGUGACCUCACUAUAGACUUGUGAUUAACUCUCUUAUUUAUGAACUGGAUAAAUGUUUUGUGUCGAUGUACAUUUCUGUCAAAAUAUGGUACAAAAUCUAUGCUAAACUUUUAAAUAAUUCUUAUGAACAUGUUGGGAUAUCUGUGCCAAUGUACUUGUAUGUACGCAGAUACGGUGCAACUGGUCAAUUGCGUUUAAAAUAUUGCAUUUGAGGAUAAUUGAACAUGUAACUAUCCUAACUGGGUGCUGCUUGUUGUUGUUUAUAUGAAAAAAAUAUGAUUUAAGAUUUCACUUCUAAAACAAUUAUUAUUUUGCCCGAUGUUGAAAUGUAUAAAGUGGUGUUGUUGAAGGAUCUCAUUCAAACACCCUGAUGUUGGACUGUAGAUUGUAUCGCUUGUGUAGCAUGGCGAGCUUGUAGGGAACAUGUUCAAACACACUGAUGUUGGACUGUAGAUUGUAUCGCUUGUGUAGCAUGGCAAGCUUGUAGGGAACAUGUUCAAACACACUGAUGUUGGACCGUAGAUUGUAUCGCUUGUGUAGCAUGGCAAGCUUGUAGGGAACAUGUUCAAACACACUGAUGUUGGACUGUAGAUUGUAUCGCUUGUGUAGCAUGGCAAGCUUGUAGGGAACAUGUUCAAACACACUGAUGUUGGACUGUAGAUUGUAUCGCUUGUGUAGCAUGGCAAGCUUGUAGGGAACAAGUUCAAACACACUGAUGUUGGACUGUAGAUUGUAUCGCUUGUGUAGCAUGGCGAGGGUGUAGGGAACAUGUUCAAACACACUGAUGUUGGACUGUAGAUUGUAUCGCUUGUGUAGCAUGGCAAGCUUGUAGGGAACAUGUUCAAACACACUGAUGUUGGACUGUAGAUUGUAUCGCUUGUGUAGCAUUGCUAGCUUGUAGGGAACAUGUUCAAACACACUGAUGUUGGACUGUAGAUUGUAUCGCUUGUGUAGCAUGGCGAGCUUGUAGGGAACAUGUUCAAACACACUGAUGUUGGACUGUAGAUUGUAUCGCUUGUGUAGCAUCGCAAGCUUGUAGGGAACAUGUUCAAACACACUGAUGUUGGACUGUAAAUUGUAUCGCUUGUGUAGCAUGGCAAGCUUGUAGGGAACAUGUUCAAACACACUGAUGUUGGACUGUAGAUUGUAUCGCUUGUGUAGCAUCGCAAGCUUGUAGGGAACAUGUUCAAACACACUGAUGUUGGACUGUAGAUUGUAUCGCUUGUGUAGCAUGGCAAGCAUGUAGGGAACAUGUUCAAACACCCUGAUGUUGGACCGUAGAUUGUAUUGCUUGUGUAGCAUGGCAAGCUUGUAGGGGUCAUGUUGUCCAGCGACUUCAGAGUCAUCAUUCACACUUUCAUUCCAUGACCUUUCUUGAAUAUUUCUACUUAAAUCUUUACCAAACUUGGCAGCAAUGCUAAAUGGCAUAAUAUCUCAACUGAGUUCAAUAUUCAAAGUAAUGAUCCUUCCAUGAAUUGCCAAAAUUUUAUUAUAAAUGAUAAUCACAAUGGUCAGGCGAUAUAUCCAAUUUGCUGAAAUUUAGGUCUUCCUGAUUUGUAAAAAAAGGUUAUGUUUGUUUGAAAUGAAAAACUAUGUACAACAUUCAAGUUGUUAACAUGAUGAUGUAUUAAAGUUUGUAUCAUGAAUGUGAAAUGUUAUGUAGUUCUGUAAACUACAAAGCAAAUGCUUUGCAAGUUGAUUUAUAGUUAUAUGAUUAAAUUGUAA